AUGACUGAUUAUUUGUCCACUAUUUUUAUGCUUUUAUUUCAUCAUCGUAACAAAAGCAACAGUGUCAAAUUACGGAUUGAAAUAAUCGAUACGGAAAUCGAUACGUCCGAAGCAGACUCCACGUCCAGCCCCGCUCGCCGAUACCGCAGCAGCGCGCCUUGUCCUGGUGAACUGACCCCGAAGCAGACGUUCAAGCUGAGUACGGCCACGAUGUGCGAAUGCCAGCCGCUCAGCGAUACUCAGGUCACCCUGCACAAGACCAAAAUACAAAAUAAGCUGUCUUCGCCUUCGUACCGCGAUUCCCGCAUGGAGUACGCAACUACGUUCGCCCUGGGAUCAACGGGCUCCCCACGGUCGCCGUUCAACCGAGCGCGGCCCCUGCGCCAGAGGAUCUCCAGCCUGCGCCGGGAAACCAAGACAGCUCAAACACUUUCCAUAGUUGUCGGCGGUUUCGUGGCUUGCUGGCUACCUUUUUUCAUAUACUAUAUACUUACACCAUUCCUGGUGCAAACUGACGUCAGCGACCAGCUCAUGUCCAUACUGACCUGGUUAGGCUGGAUAAAUUCAGCGAUCAAUCCGUUUAUUUAUGCGUUCUAUAAUGUGGAUUUUAGAACGUCAUUCUGGAGGUUGACUAUUGGUAACUUUUAUAAGAGAAGGUAGUGAAAAUGUUGCACAGUUAUUGAAUAUAUGUUCUCGUAAUUGAGAUAUGGGAUGAAGGGGGAUCAGACGCUUAGACUGAAUUUAGAAAUUUAAUUGAUAGCACUAUAGCGUACGACUAGAGGAUCAUUAGGAAAAAAUGAGUCAUUUGGAACUCGGAAACUACAUUAUUUUUAAUUUCACUUAAUUCGAAUGGAUUAAGUAUCGUAUACAUCUUAAUUAUAUAUAGCUCAUGAAAUUAAUCACGUUUUGCAAAAGAUUUUAUACUAUAUUUUAUGUGUGGGAGGUAUUUUGUUAAACAAUUAAUUUGUAACGAAAAUUGCUAUAAACUACCACAUAUAUAUAAAUAAUAAUUUUUAAAACAAACACAA